GUAAGUUUCACAUAUUCUUUCUCACCUCUAUCAGUGCAGUUGCACAGUGACAGUAAACGGAGCGCAACGUUUUCAGUCAACUAAAUCGUUUUCCGAUAUGAGUUCGCCGGAAAAUGAAACCCUUCGUGGCGUCCAAUCGGUUUUCUCCAAAGAGGGGCAAACUAGAAAGUGUACAGUAGAGCCAGUAGUCAUUGGGGGUAUGGUGUUGGAUGUAAAUGCAACAUCUUCCAUGCAUGCUAAUCCAAGGACUACCACUCCUGGAAAGGUUAUCUUUUCAUUGGGUGGUGUGGCAAGGAAUGUUGCUGAUUGCAUCUCGAAGCUUGAAGCAAGACCAUUUAUGAUAAGCGCUGUUGGAUUCGACAUGGCAGGAAAUAUGCUACUGGAACACUGGGAAUCUGCUGGAUUAUCUAUAGAAGGUAUCCAGAGACAUCAGAAUAUUGAAACUGCUGUGGUUUGUCAUAUCUUUGAUGAGGAAGGUGAAGUGGCAGCUGGUAUAGCUCAUGUAGAAUCAAUUGAAAAGUUUCUCACUCCAAGAUGGAUAGAAAAGUUCAAGUGCAAAAUAAGCUCCACUCCAAUAUUGAUGGUUGAUGCAAACUUGACCUCUUCUUCUCUUGAAGCAUCUUGUCAACUGGCUGCUCAGUUUAAUACUCCAGUCUGGUUUGAGCCUGUAUCAGUUGCCAAAUCUAGAAGAGUUGCUUCAGUUGUCCAGUAUGUAACUUUUGCAUCACCUAAUGAAGAUGAACUUGUAGCCAUGGCAAAUGCAAUAUCUGGCAAAGACAUAUUUCAACCAAUUCGGAGAGAUGGUACUAGUACUAAGCUGUCCAAGGAAUCUUUCUUCCAAAUGCUUAAACCUGCUAUUUGGGUUUUACUAGACAAAGGUGUUAAGGUAGUUGUUGUGACACUUGGAUCAGAAGGGGUACUCUUAUGCUCCAAAGCAAAGUCCUAUCUUCAGAAACUUGCUUUCAAGGGAAACCAACCUCCUUACUUCAGUAAACAGUUGUAUGAAGCAGUUAAUACAGUUUGGCCAAAGGAUCAAAUUUUUGGUGUUUCAAUGUGCGAGACGAAGUCAAAUCUCUUUGCUGUCCAUUUUCCUGCACUUCCUGCUUCAGUAGUGAGGCUUACAGGUGCUGGAGAUUGCUUAGUUGGUGGAACGAUAGCUUCAUUGUGUGCUGGUUUAGAUGUCAUGCAAAGUAUAGCAGUUGGGAUUGCAGCUGCUAAAGUAGUUGUUGAAGUAGAAAGCAAUGUCCCUGAUGAAUAUUGUUUGGCCAAUCUAGCAGAUGAUGCAAGGUCUGUAUACUCUGGUGCCACCAUGCUUCUGUGUCAAUCCAAGCUGUAGAGGUCACCAAAGUAUGUGAAUUCUAUUGUGUAAUCCUAUUGCAUGUUCUUGUGAUUUCUUCUCUUCUACUUGUGCUAGUGGAGGUAGCAAGUACCCGGUAAAAUAGUUGAAAUGCACGAUAUAUAGAGCGCAUAUUGUUGGAAAUCAUUGUCAGAAACUCUAAAUCAAAUGGAUAAAUUAAACUAAAAAGGGUCAUAUUUACCAUGUACUAUCAGCAUACGGUUAUAUUUGUCCUUAGUCAUACUUUUUUUUGAUGUAUUUGUCCCUAUCCUACUUUAGACACAUAUUUGCCUUUGAA